GAAUCGGUAUGCCGGUUCCCGCUCACCGUGGGAAAAAAGUGAGCCAGAAUCGGUAUGCCGGUUCCCGCUCACCGUGGGAAAAAAGUGAGCCAGAAUCGGUAUGCCGGUUCCCGCUCACCGUGGGAAAAAAGUGAGCCAGAAUCGGUAUGCCGGUUCCCGCUCACCGUGGGAAAAAAGUGAGCCAGAAUCGGUAUGCCGGUUCCCGCUCACCGUGGGAAAAAAGUGAGCCAGAAUCGGUAUGCCGGUUCCCGCUCACCGUGGGAAAAAGUGAGCCAGAAUCGGUAUGCCGGUUCCCGCUCACCGUGGGAAAAAGUGAGCCAGAAUCGGUAUGCCGAUUCCCGCUCACCGUGGGAAAAGUGAGCCAGAAUCGGUAUGCCGAUUCCCGCUCACCGUGGGAAAAAAGUGAGCCAGAAUCGGUAUGCCGAUUCCCGCUCACCGUAUGCAAUAUAAUCAUUAUCAUCAUCAUGACAAUGGAUCAUUCUAGGGGGGUAACAAUGGGCCAUGCUUAACAUAUAUAAAAAUGCAAUAUAAUCAUCAUCAUGACAAUGAACCAUUCUAGGGGGGGUGACAAUGGGCCAUUCUGGGAUGAAGAGCAUGACAAUGGACCAUUCUGGGGUGAAGUACAUGACAAUGGGCCAUUCUGAACAUGUAUAAAAAUGCGAAAUGCUAUACGAUUAUCAUAUAUAGGGCUGAAAAUAUAAUAUUUGUACAAAUUAUGAAAAAUCGAAUAAUUUGAAAUAUUUACAAAAAUAUUUUAAGUUGUUUGUUAACAUGCCGGGUGUGUAUGGUUGAUAAGAAAAGAGUGCAGACGUUAUUUUUGCAACAACAGGAAUCCGUUAAAGAUAUGACAACCCACAUUGCUAAAAGGCCGGAUGGAGUCGGAUGAUAACAUGUAACCACAGUUGUUAUUUGUGUAAAUGUUAUCGCAUAUUUUUAAAACCCACAAGGUCUUGUUUUUGCAAAACAUGGAAAUCUUAUCUCUGAAAUGAACAACGUAACCGUGAGAAUGUAAACAUGUGAUCACGUUCGUGUUGCGUGGGGGUAACGAGCUGCGGAAUCCUUUAAAAACGGAGCAGCGCACUCCUUUGUCACAAUCGACAUCUGAAAGUCUUACAGUAAGUCAUAAGUUCGCAGUGAAGUGAAAAUAGUGAAGCAGGAUGGAUCUAGCCAAAAUAAACAAAUUCUCGCUUAUUGCAGAGAGAAAGCCAGUCCAAAAUUUGAGGGACCUACCUGUCGACACUCCAUUUAUAAUUUACUCGGCGAAAAUAGUAAAAAGCAAGUUUGGGGAGGUUGUAUUGCUUGAACUAGAAGAAAGCAUGGUUUUCCUACCUGACAGAGUGACAGCAGCCUAUAAACCAUUUGUACAAGAAUUUUCUACCCAAAAAUAUUCUCUAGUCUACAAAGGCGCCAUCAAUAUUGGAAAGCAACAUCCUGCAUAAUCUUUUGAAGUUAUUGAAAAAUAGAAGCAGUACACCAUCCGGACAACAGUCUAGCUUUAGAGGUACAUCCGCUGUAAACUAACCUCAGCAAAAACUUCAAGCUAGCAACAAUCAUCUGGAACAACAUCAUAGCAUCUCUCUGAACCAACUUCAAGCUAGCAACAAUCAUCUGGAAAACAGCAUAGCAUCUCUCUGAACCAACCUCAAGCUAGUAACAAAAAUUGGUGAGUUUUCAUUAUUAAACUUUAUUCAAUAUGAGUGGCAUAGGAGAAUUAAGUUGUGACAUUGUACAAAAUCUAAUUAAAGCGAGAGACAUUCUUUUUCAAAAUUAUACACCGCGAGAAGCAAAUAUUUGGCUAAAACAUAUUAAGAGGCAUUUAACAUUGUUUAAUAAAGCUAUUCGGUAUGGCGACUUGGAUGUACCAAAAUUGCGUCGAUUGCAAACAAACGUUGGACACUUAAAAACAAUUAAAGUGGAAAUUCAAAAUUUUUCUCAUCACGUGGGUGCUGGCAUGAAUAAACGCAACAAAGUUAAAUGGGAGGAGGUAACUUCAUCAUUUGCAAGUCGGGUUAGAACGGGAAUAAUUAUUAAUCUGGCUCAUAAGGACGUAAUGCAAUUUUUCGGUGAUUGUUUCAAGCUUUUUAAAAUUAGAAUUACAAAUAUUUUAAAAAAAUUUAAUGUAAUAAAAUGUAAUACCGCUUUUUGUGGAAAGUUUAUAAGAAAAGCAAAUCAGGGGGAAAAUAGCGAAUUUAAAUAUUUUAACACAAAAAAUGAAAUCAUAGACGCGGGAACAGACUUGACUUUGUGGUUCCACUCGAACGUAAUUGAUAAACUUAUGGCAAAACUAUCAGAGUUUGAGGAAAAGGGAUCAGGGUGGGCUUUGGAAAAAAUAAUAUCUUUGGAGGUUAAUAUUAACAAAUAUGAAAUCGGGAAUGGGGCUUCAUCCUUCAUUAAGCUACCGGAUCAAAUCAGAAAUAAAAACGCGUGUAUCAAUGUAAAAAACAAUGAUGAGGCGUGCUUUUUUUGGAGUAUAGUUUCAGCGCUGUAUCCCUCCAAAGCAAAUUCUGAUCGGACUAGUUCGUAUCCACAUUACACAACUGUCUUAAAUGUUGAUGGUUUGGAAACACCAAUGACUAUUGGAGGCAUUUCGAAAUUUGAGAAACAAAAUGACAUCUCUGUAAACGUAUAUGGGCUGGAAAUGAAUGUCGCUAAAGAAAAAACAUUUUACGUAACAAUACCGUUAAGGUUGUGUAAAAUUAAAUUAGCUAGACAUGUAAAUUUGCUGAUGAUACAAGAUAAAUAUUUUCUAAAAUUAAACGAUUAUGAGGCACCUAUUGAGGAUGAUGAAAUUGUAGAUAUCAAAUACCAUUAUUGCAUGAUAAAGAAUCUGUCUCGGCUUUUAUCCAGUCAAACAAGCAAUCAUAGCCAUAAAAUAUUUGUAUGCGAUAGAUGUCUAAAUUAUUUUAGCAGUUUUGACAGACUAAAUGAUCAUGCAAAAUAUUGUGAGAGAAUCAACGACUGCAAAGUUUCAUUUCCACCAUAUCAACAUGUUAAAUUUAAAAAUCAUGUGUAUAAGCAGACAACACCUUUUGUUGUCUAUGCAGACUUUGAAGCAAUGCUACAAAAAAUUAAAAAUGGACCGCUUAAAAGUAAAACAAUUAAACAUCAGGAGCAUAAAGCCUUUAGCGCCGGGUAUUAUGUCAAAUGUUCUUAUGAUGAAUCAUUAUCUUUUUAUCGAAGCUACGCAGGUACGGGCUGUCUCGAAUGGUAUGCCAAGGAAAUGGCUGAUUUGGCAAUGUUUGUGAAUGGAAAGAUAAAGCAUAUUGUGCCUAUGAAUAUUAAACCAAACACUAAUGGAGCAACUGAUUGUCAUAUUUGCGAAAAAACAUUUGUAGAAGAAGAUGUGGUUGUUAAAGACCAUUGCCACUUUACAGGAGCUUUCCGAGGAUUUGCACACCAAGUGUGUAAUCUUAACUUUAGAAAACAGUUUGUUGUUCCGAUUUUUUUUCAUAAUCUUAGCGGUUACGACUCACAUUUCAUGAUAAGGCAAUUGGCGAAAAAAGGAAGUAUCAGCCUACUCCCAAUAAACAAGGAAAGAUAUAUUUCCUUUACUCUGAACGAUACACAAUCCGCAGUUAAGUUGAGAUUCGUUGAUUCAUUGAGAUUUUUGAAUUCCUCACUGGAUAAACUGGCAACCACAUUAAAUACAGAAGAUUUAAGGUACUUGGCUCGAGAAUUUCCAAAUGCCGCUCCUGAACAAAUAGAGCUAUUGAGAAGAAAAGGCAUAUUCCCAUAUGAAUACAUUGAUUCUAUGGAUAGGUUAAAGGAAACUCAACUCCCAUCUAUUGAUAAAUUUUAUAGUUCGCUAACAAAUGAAAGCAUCUCUAAAGAUAUGUACCAACAUGCGCAAAACGUUUGGCAAUCAUUUGAUAUUAAAAAUAUUUUGGAAUAUAGCUUGUUAUACAUGAAGACCGAUAUAAUGUUGUUAACUUGCAUCUUUGAAAAUUUCCGACAAAAAUGUCGAGGUACAUACGGUCUUGAUCCUGCCUGGUACUUCACUAUGCCAGGUUUUUCGUGGGAUGCCAUGCUUAAAUAUACAGGUUGCAAAUUGGAGUUGCUGCAGGAUAUCGAUAAAAUCAUGUUUAUCGAAAAAUCUAUUCGAGGUGGAAUUAGUCAAGUGAGUAAUCGAUACUCGGAGGCUAAUAACAAAUAUAUGCCAUCUUACGACUCCUCAAAGCCCAGCAAGUAUGUGGUUUAUUUAGACGUCAAUAAUCUUUACGGUUGGGCAAUGUCCCAGUGUUUACCAUAUGCAAAGUUUGAGUGGGUGGACACUAACAUCGAUGUUCUUAGUAUUCCAGACGAUGGUGAUACAGGAUACAUACUACAAGUUGACUUGGAGUACCCCGAACACUUGCAUGAUUUACACAAAGAUUUUCCAUUUUGUUGCGAACAUCAAGUUCCAUCAGGGUCAAAGUUUAAAAAACUUAUGACUACGCUCCAUAAUAAAACAGAGUAUACUUUGCAUUACCGUAACCUGAAACAAGCUCUAAAUGCAGGGCUGAAACUUACAAAAAUCCAUAAAGUGUUGAAAUUUCAACAAAGCGCCUGGCUCAAACCAUAUAUCGAUCUUAAUACAAAACUACGAACUGCAGCAACAACGGCAUUUGAGAAAGACUUAUACAAAUUAGCUAACAAUGCUAUAUUCGGUAAAACAAUGGAGAACAUACGCAAACACCGCAUAGUAAAGCUUGUUUCUAAGUGGGAGGGGAGAUAUGGAGCCAAAAAUUUAAUUUCCAGCCCUCGAUUUCACAACAGAACUAUUUUUGAUGAAAAUCUGAUGGCAAUCGAGCUAAAUAAAACAAAUCUAACAUUCAACAAACCAUUGUACAUUGGAAUGUCUAUUCUAGACAUAUCUAAAGUCUGCAUGUAUGAUUUUCAUUAUAAUUUCAUGCUACCAACUGUUGGAAUUGAAAAUUUAAAGCUGAUGUAUGGGGAUACAGAUAGUUUUAUCUAUGAAGUAACAUGUGACGAUGUUUACAGGGAUGUCAUUCAAACAAAUCUAUCUAAAUUCGACACAUCGGACUAUGCCGAGGAUAACCCCUAUAACAUCCCACAAGUCAAUAAAAAAGUGCUUGGCUUAAUGAAGGAUGAGGCUAAUGGACGCAUCAUUACUCAUUUUGUAGGACUUAGAUCGAAAAUGUACUCGUUUAAACUGCAAUAUACAAACGAGGAGCGGCAGACCUUGUGGCAAAAAUACAAGAAUACCAUGGAUGAUGCCGCUAUUGAAAAAAUUGUAAAUAACUUGGGUGUUACGAAAAAAUCUAAAGGGGUUAAGUAUUCGGUUGUAAAAAAUUCUAUUACAUUUGAGGAUUACGUGGAGUGUCUAAAAGAAUUUACCACAAAAAGCGUUACACAAUCAACAUUUCGUUCCUACGCACACAACAUGUUUACAAUCACGCAGGAAAAAAUCGCGUUGUCUCCGUAUGAUGAUAAACGAUGUUUGCAAAAAGACUCAUAUGACACUUUGCCUUGGGGCCACUAUGCCACUACAAUGAUUGAAUAAACUGAUAAUAAAUGGAAAACUUGCUUAUUAUCCGUAUAUAAUUUUUGUAUAUUGUUCAAUGUUUAUCACUUGUAUACUUUAUAUAAUAAAACUUUAUAUAAUACUUUAUAAUAAAAAUUAUGUAAUAAAACUUUGUACACAUA